UUCAAAACAAGACAAGACAGCAGAGAGCCAAUGAAAUCCCUCUCCAUCCUUAAAACCAAACCCUAAUCUAUAUCUUUGUAGAGAGAGAAACUACACACACAUAUAUAUUUGAUAUAUACAUAUACGUAUACAUUCAGAUUUUUCAAUCUCUCUGCAAGUCCUCAUUCGUAUUUAUCACUAAAACCAAUCAUUUCCUCAAUCUCCACAUUUCUAGAGAGAGAGAGUGAAAUCAAACUCCAUUUUCUAUCUUUCUAUAAUCCUCAACCGUUCAAUAAAAAAAUUCGUUUAUUUCUAUGUAUUUAUAGAGAUAGAACCUUAUCUCUUUGUUUUCGUCAGGAAUCGAUCGAUUUAGGAAGGAUUUGUGGUUGAGUUUUAGAUCAAUCGAUUCCAUCUCAUACAUACAAGUUGGUUGUUUGUUUGUAGUGGUCUCUUGGUGAAGGGAACGAUUUGAGAAAGAUCUGUUUGAUUGAAUUUUGACUGAUUGAUUCACUGCAUGAAAGAUACAGAGGGAGAGGAAGCAAAACGAUCGGAGUAGGAUAGAGAAAAACUGAGCAGAGCACACAACAUGUCUGCCAUAGUGUGCGGAAAGAGAUCAUCUUUUUUCGACGAGGACCCUGUUUCCAAGCGAUUUCGCCGUUCUUCUUCUUCCUCCCCUAUUCGAUUCUCUCCUCCCAGACAAUCCACCGGCUCGCCUCCUCGGAAUUCAUCGAUUGAUUUUUCGUCAGCUUUGGAGUGUCUGUCGAAGCUAGAUCAUCUCAUUGCUCUUUUUCCUGACAUGGAAAAACAGCUUCUUGAGAGAGCACUUGAAGAAUGUGGUGGUGAUCUGGAUUCGGCUAUCAGAAGUCUGAAUGAGCUACGCCUGGGAUCUGCUGCUGGCAAAUCUGUCGCUACACAAGAAGCAAUUCAGUUCUCAGCUCCAGGUAUUUUGACCGGCAAUGGUGAGGCUACACCUGCAGAGGAUCCAUCUGCUUCGCAAAGCCUCCCCAUGGAUGGUGCAGACUGGGUGGACCUAUUUGUUACAGAAAUGAAGAACUCGUCUAAUAUGGAUGAUGCCAGAGCCCGGGUAUCUAAAGUACUUGAAGUGUUGGAGAAGUCAAUUUGUGAACGUGCAACAAAAGAAGCAGCCCAGAAUUUCCAGCAGGAGUACAUUAUGCUAAAGCAACAAGUCGAAGGACUGUGUCAGGAGAACACUAUUCUAAAGCGAGCAGUGUCCCUUCAACAUGAGCGUCAGAAAGAAUUCGAGGAUAGGGGCCAGGAGUUGCAUCACCUGAAACAGCUGGUGACUCAGUACCAGGAGCAGUUGAGAACUCUUGAGGUAAACAACUAUGCUCUGUCAAUGCACCUCAAGCAGGCUCAACAAAGCAACUCCAUGCCAGGGCGUUCCCAUCCUGAUGUCUUUUAGUGAAUAUAGAUCUGGCUGUACAUAUGGGUGAGGGCAUGCAGGUGCUGUCCUCUUUUAUGCCGAUAAGGUAUAUUGAGUCAUUGAUUGACAGACUAUUAAACCUAUUUUUAUCUGCUUUCUCUGUUGUAAUUUGAAUUGGAAUGAAUACCUAUUUUUACCUGCUUUCUCUGUUGUAAUUUGAAUUGGAAUGAAUACUCUUAAAUGUUGUAACGAUUUCUAAGUAAUAGCAGAUAUUCAUCUUUU